GCAAAUAAGUAAACAAGAGAACGAAGUCCAUUCUAGGGUUUGAAUAGUGUAACCAUCACGUUGAUGUUAUUAAAUGACGUGUUUUUGUCGUUAAUUGUUUGUAACAGAGUAAAAACAGACCAUGCUUUCCGCAUUCAGUGGCUGGUUUCCGUUGAUGAUGUGUUUAUUUGUUGGCAUAGCCAGUGCUACAAAAUGUACCAAUGUGCUGCAUCGAAAGGAGACUCAAGAGGUAUUGAAGAAGGAGCCGUGUAUACAGAAGUACACAGCUCGUUGUGGAUGGCUGAGUCUCAACUACUGUACCUUCUAUCACAGUACAUAUUGUGACAGAAAGGCAAAUGAAACAAUAACAUUGUACUAUAUUGAAACCACAUGCUGUGAAGGGUUCUACCAAGCCAAAAAUGGAUCAUGUCUAAAAAAAGUACCAGGUGUAUCAUAUGAAAUAUAUGAACUCAAAGAAUCACCCACAGCUGAUGCUGCUUUUGUCAAAGGGGAGCCAGUAGAUGCGGGUAGCAGAGGUGUAACUGACAAGAUGUCUGUCGGGGUGUAUGCAGGUAUUGCAUGUGGAACCAUACUCUUGGCCACCAUUGCUGCCUUCAUAGGAGUAGCAGUACGAAAAAGAAAAAGAAGGCAGUUAACAGAGAAGCGCUCUCGGGAACAGCAUGUGGUAUUUCUUCCUGCAAACUCAUCAGCAUCUAGAAAUUCAUUCCCCAAAACUGAGGCAGCAAACAUCUCUCACCCUGCAACAGCGCAGGCUGAUGUACCAUUCUUGCCAGAAAAUUUAGACAAUUCUCCAGAAUCUGAAAUAUAGCUGCUAGCCAAAAUUUCAUAUGUUGUAUAGUUUGUAUAAAUACUGUUAAGUUUUGUGUUUAGAUUUUUUACAAAGAAUUAUGUUGUUGAAGUACAUUUGGAAAAAGAUAAGCUAAAUUGAUAGUUAUUUGUUAAAAUAUUAUAACCUGUGUCACAAGUAAAAAGCACCAAAAUAAAUAAAUAUUAAAAUAGUGUGUAUUUGUAAAAUAUAUUCUUUUUAGAUUAAAUACCUAUUGCAUGGAUUUAAAAGACAUCACAAGAGCCACAUACAAAUUAUAAAUUUUAUUCUUACAUUUCAGUUGUGUUUUAAUCUUUUUUAUUAUUAUUCAAUAUAACACAUACAAUGUGUACAUGUAUAUGAUCUUAAAACAAAGUGAUACCAUGUAGCAGCAAUAAUGUGCAAAACUUGUACAAGAUAUGCUAAUAUAUAUUUUUGACCUUGUGGUUUUCUUUCGGUUAAAAAAAAAGGUUGAUAUGUAUUUUUUUCUUUGGUUGGUUGUGAUAGGUGUUUAAACUAAAGAAAAAGAAAAAUAACAGAAUAGUUAUAAAUACGGAUGGGUUGCAUAAAGUGGGUAGAAAGCAUACUAAUCUUAUAGUUUGAUGAUGACUCAAUUCAAUUAACAAGUUUUUUUUUAUGGCUUGAUUAAUUUAUUUUACUUACGCUGUGUUUUAGCAAGAAAAUGUUUAUUCAUCAGGUGUUUUUCUAAGCUAUGUUUUUCUGCACAUCUUUUCCUAUAAAUUAAUGCAUAAAAUUAAGAUUAUUGUAUCUAACUUGUCUGAUUUUAUAGAUAGUAGAUAUCCAUGUUAACUGUAAACUGGCUAUUAGGGACAUCCCAAGAAUCUUGUUUUAUGUAUUGUUUGGAAAAUAGAUGUGUUUUGUGAAUUUAACUAGUCUCUCAGGGAUGCAGCUAAAAGAGUCCAUGUUACUCUUUCCAAUAAAACCAAGUAUAUACAAGUAUUAUUAUGGUUUUCAUUGUAUGUAUCAUUUCAAUUUAAUCACAUAUUUCGCUUGUAUUGUUUUAUGAAACAUCAUGUUAAUUGUCAACUUUACAAAAAAGUUUUUCUGCAUUCGUUUAAAUUCUUUAUUCUUGGCAAAUAUUUGAAACUUGUUUGUUUCUGUAUACAUUUGCAUUUAUUCCUUUCAUCAAAUGACAAUAGAGUAAAGCAACAAUUAUAAUAUCGAUUUUUGAACAUGCAAAAUUUGCAAAUAAAGAUAGAACAAUGUAUGAAAUUUUCAUUGAUUUACUGAUUAAGUAACAACAUAUACAUAUGUAUUAACUCAUAAUUUUCCAUAUUGCAUUUAAUUGCAAAAAAGUAUGUAUUUCUUUGGAGUGUACUAUGUUAUAUUAUGUUAUGUAUACAAAUAUUUAAGUAAUGAAAUGAUGUUACUUGCAAACAUGCAAUUUUAAAUGACAAAAUCAGUUGCUUUUUUUUCGUUGUUCAUAUGUACACAUUUACAUUUAGUCUUAUGAGAUUGAUUUUGCAUACUAAGUUAGCCUUUACAAAGCACUUCCAUAUUUCUAAAUGCAUUUUAGAUUGCCAUUGCUACACAAUGUAGACACAUAGCCAACAAAUAUGGUUGCUCAAUAAAACAGUUGUAUGAAUAUCA